GUUCACUCGGCGUUAUUUGAUUUCAUCUACACGGCAGGCGUGAGUAACUUUGGAAGAGUUGAAUGUGAUGCGGGUUAUUUGAUCACAUCACGUGUGUGCUGCAGUGUGCCGUUGCUGGAGUGGAGCUGUUUCUCUCUCAGCAGUCAACACUGCAGAAAUCCUGCUGGCUGGCAGCUUCGUUGGCUUUGCUGGAGAAUAAUACGCCAUACUGAUACUGAUGUCUCUGCUGGAAGACCUCGUCGAUUUGCUGAGAUAUGUCCUCGAAUAUUUCGGUGUGCCCACUGACAUGCUGGUUCCAGUAUGGGAGACUACUUUGUGCGGACAGUAUCGCAGCAUUGUUCGCAUGAUCGGGACUAAUCUUCCUCUGGCACCACACCCCCGAGUUCACUUUCAGAUUCCUCUGCAGACUUUCAGGAGACAUGGCCAUAUUGAUGUUUCAGUGGAUGCUCCUGGUAUUCCAUCACUUGCAGACGUGCUAUAUCUCGCUGAGGACGAAGGAGACAGCUGCACGAAGUUCAGGAGCACCAUCCCGCUAAGGAAGUGUGAAUGGCCCCAGAAGGCUGAACGACCAGCGUCUGCAGCCCCUUCUGCCCAAAAUGGACACAGAGCUUUGGGACAGAGCACACAGCCGGAGGCCCUGCAGAAGAUUUCUGCACUGGAGGCUGAGCUGAUGAAACUACGAGCUCAGAUUGCCUUGAUAGUCGCAACUCCAACAGCUGACAGUCCGCUCCUGAGUGCUCCUGCUACACCUUGUUCUGCUCCUUUACCUGCUCCUGUCCUUACCUCCACUCCUCUCUGUGCACCUCCUCCACCUCCUCCACCACCUCCACCUCCUGCUGUGGCUAACUUAUCUCAGGUCUCAGUGACGCAGGUAAUCAGACAAAGGCAGGCGGCCAGGAAAGACAAAGCUGAACCUUCAGAGUGCACAUCGGCGGCUGCCCUCCCCUCCAUGCUUGACGUCCUGAAGGACAUGAACCAGGUUAAACUCCGCACUGUGGAGAGGUCUCCGGGAGGGACCCCUGUGAGGAAGAGGAGGAGUAAGGGUGCGGUGUGUAUGUCGGACCCUGCUGCGCUCAUUGCUGAAGCUUUGAAGAGGAAGUUUGCUCACAAGCAGAAAGACGACUCUUUUGAUAAGGAGAACCGCUCGGCGGAGCUGUCGCCUUUUAGCAGCCCGGAUACACCCAGAGUAAGAAUUUCACACCCGCUGAGGCGCGGUCAGGGGAGAAUUCAUCUGUGACCCUUCAGCCUCAAGGUCAGGCCAGAAGCAUGUAAUGGAGAGGACUCUGCUGAAACGCCUUUUAAAGAUUUUCUCGCUCUCACUUUCUUUCGGCAUCCUCAGUCUUGCGGUACUUCUUUCUGUGGAAGAAGAGAGGAGUGGACUUCUUAUUCAUUCCUUUCAGCUUUGGAUUUCUUUUCUUUUUGUACAGAAAUACAGUUCUUACACUGGCGUUCUCGCAGGCUGCUUAGAGAGAUGUUAAAUGUAAAUGUGAAAGGCCAGAAUUAUGAACUAAUGUUGAGUUUAUGACCAAGCAAUACGUGACGGACCUCUGGUAUGCAAUGGCUUUGAAGCUUUUGCCUUUUUUAAAUUUUACUGGUGUAUAAAUGCAUUUGCACUGCUCAGUCUGCCUCCUGCUCUUUGUUGACAGAUUAAGUCAUGUAGCCAGUCACUCCACAUGAUGUACAUUACCAGUGUGGUUUGUUUAACUUAUUUGUGAGCGUGUCAGUUAAGAAAUUUCACAAACAUCUGAAGUGACUUCUGCUAAAAAUCAAGUUCACACUAUUGUCCUCUUACCCCAGACGUAGUCGACAACAGUUUAGGUAUAACACUUAAUAGCUUGACACAAUUUGAGGCAGUUUGUGUUAAGAUUGAGGCAUGCAGUUUGCUUAGAGCUAAUUGGUGAAGUAAAGCUUCCAUUACUUGUUAGCUACAUGAGCCUCAUAACUUCAGUGCAAAACUAAAAAACAAACUUCUGGAACUUCAGACUUCAGGGAACAAUUGUGUAAAUUAGAUUUUUUCUUAAACCAUCACUUCAACAUUCAUUAUUGCAUAUAAGACUUGUAUUUUCAUUGGGAUGUGUGUAUAUGUGUGUGUUUGUGUUGGAGGCACGGGUUCAAAAGUAUGCUUCAGACAAAUCAGGGAAACUUGCUCCAUUAAUCCAUUCAUUAGAUUCAUCUGUGCUUUGCUGUAGCUUUGAGACAUUUCUGAGGGAGUAGAUUAAAAGGGACUUUGAGAGAUUUUUCUAAAUUUCUGCAUAUUUCAGUGGCUGUCAUGCAGAGUGGUUUGAUGUUUUUAUGGAGAAACUUAAUUUUCUACACAGUGGUCAUGGUCAGGGGUCAUGAUGUCCAACACAAAUACAAGCCUUUUAUUUACUAUUCAGAAUGAUCAGUGAACCUACAUGUGUCUGCUGAGUUUUAUAUGAAAUAUUGAUGUUACUGUUAAAAUAAAAAAAGUACAAAAAAAUUUUCAAACCAUUUGUAUGUUAAA